AUGCCUCCAUCCAAGCUCGACGAAGAAUAUGUUCAAAACAGCUUUCACACAUAUCUCAAGUCGUCUCUUACACAGGCAAAAGUAGAGAAACUGAUCGAGGACCAAGUUCUAGCGUCCGCAGAAGCAGAUCUUAUGAUAUCUGGCCCAGCAUUAUGCUUGUAUUUCGCUGCACUCCGAUGCACAACAAACCCACCGUCUGUACCACUUCCCCGUGCUACCAAGUCCGCACCGCCGCUCGAGCUCUCCGCAGACAAUUGCCCUCCUACAUUUCUUGGCUUUUUAGCAGUCUGGGGAGCUAACGUGCCGCGCAUCCAGGGUCUCAUACCUGACCACCAGCAUGAUCUUGCUCGCAUCAUUUGCGGCCUCCAACCCCUCUCUAUCCCCCCAAACCCUGAGUGUGCUGGUAUCGCCGCAGAUCUACGCGCUGUGGCAAUUGAAAUCAGUCAGAGACGCACUUUUCAGGAUAGAUACGCAAACGAUUUGCAGGCUGCAUUAGAUGCAGGCUCAUCAGGGAGGGGUUUGAAGGUCAAGACGAGCUUCGUGCCACCACCUGUUUACUCGGAUUCGCUUGCCCCCGGUUCAUCUGGGUAUGGAUCCAAAAAGUUAUCCCCGUCUCCUUCAUCUCCUUCAUCUGUUCUGUCUGCAUUUCCGUCACGCACGCCUUCCCCUAUGAUCCUCACCCAAGACACCCCAGAAAUCGACUUCAUCCGCGAAACCCUCUAUUCGGCGCUCGCAGCUGUGCUAGAAGAUAUCACCGCCUUCCAAACUCGCAACCCACACCCUCUCGCACGACUCUUCAAAUACGACCCCCCACGUGCACAUUUCGCCGCAGUCAGCCUUGCCAUUCUCGAGGUGGCCACGACGGAGGGCAUCAUCCUCCCCGAUCAAAACGCGAUCAUGUGCGUCAGUGCACGAGAGAUUGGAGGGCACAAACUCACGCCAGAUGCAUGUCCGGAGCCAUUGCGGCCGUUCAUGAUAGAGCUCAUUUCCAUUGGGCGGGACGCGCAGGUAAUGCAGGAUGAAGACAACGAGGCGACGAUCAAGGCUAUCGAGAGAGGUGACGAGGAUAUACCGGAACCUAGGUUCGAGCGCGUGAAGGUCAUCAUCAUCGAUGGCGUACGCGUUAGCAGGGAUUCUGGGGAGGAUGGGAGCAGGAUGCGUAAACGGAGCUUGGAGGGACGGGCUGUGGCGUUUGCAAAUAGGGUGAAUGCCCUCGGCUUGUCGAUCAGUAGGAUCAAGGCAUUUAGAGACAGGGAGAAGGAAGUGUUUGACGUGUUGGGGCCGCACCCGUAA